AGCGAAAAAUAAUAUUAUUGUUACUUGUUGGUACUUAUUCGAGAGAGAGAGCAUUCCGAGUUCCGCGAAAGCGUCAUUCUUGCGAAAAUCAAACAUGUGACGCGUUUGUUAUCUGGUUAUCGUUUUAUGUAGUGUAUAUAUUAAAAAUGUUACGCCAGAUAAUUAUUAUUGCCCUCAGUCUGCUCCUCGUCAGCUUAUCCGCCUACGAACAUAACAUCGCGGACCAAUGCGACUGGUCUGGAAGCGGAGGAGGAGAAAGUGGUGGUGUUCGACCAGUAUAUCUGCGCUGUGCUCGAGGAACCGUUUUAUGGCGUUAUCCUCAUGGUGCCCUGAGGAUAGUCCUCUCUUUCCCAGUUUCAUCCACGGGAGACACUCUUGUCAAUCAUAACAGCUUGAACAUUCGUGCAUGUGUUAAGAUCUCUGGACCUGCCCGAGUAUUCUUGGAAGCCGGCCGCAAGCUGAGACAGAUUUACUCUCCAUCCGAUGGCAAACACGAGUAUUCACAUCGAUGCUUCCGCUCGCGGGAGCACGUGGCCGCGCUCUACAUAGAAGCCGAGGAUGAUUACUCCUUUAAAAGCACCAAGGUCAAGCUGCAGUACGAUCUGGAAACAAGUUCACCCAAGGGGGGUAUGCUACAUAUUCCGGACGAGGAAGAGGAGUGCAGGCCGUGCUCUAUGGAGGAACUUGCCAAGGCUUAUUGUCAGAGCGACCUGGUAUCCAGAGGCACCGUCACCGCCGUUGAGCAACAAUUUGAUCUGGACGCUGCCGAAUUGGUGCUCAGAGCCACCAAGAUUCUGCGCCAAGUCCAGGAAGCCGAGAACAACGAGAAUAACGUCGACGGAAUGGUCUCUUCUUCGAGAAACAUACGCGUGAGAGUGCCAGCGGUGUGUGACGCGCGACACGGUCCUGGUGAAUUCGUGAUAAUGGCCAAGCGACGUCUCGGAGACCUCAUUUUGGUGUGCGCACCUAGGCUGGAGACAUGGGAACAGAUUGUACAGGAGAUGGACACCGCGCCCUGCGUCCUCAACAGCUAGCCGAAUUAAGAUUUAAUUUUCUUCAGAAAGCUGUAAAGAUCUGUAACACUAAAUAACAGAUACAAGGAUUCAUAAUGUUGUAAAACUGGAAAUCUAAAAAAAAACACCGGUAGUAACAGUGUCAAUGUCGAAAAAUGCUGCCAAUCUAGCUAUUUACGAGAGUAUUGUAUACAUAGGGAACAUCAUUCUUGGUGUAAGUAGCGUGCAACUGUCAGACUGUUGAUCUCCAAACUGUGAUAUUAUUUGCUGCAUUAAGAGAAACGUGGAAGAGUGCACGAAAACAUAGAAAGUACAUUUGCUCUUAUAUUUGUUCUAGAGAGCAAAACGAUUAUUAUAUAUACAGAAUAGCUCAGAAAUUGUGUACUUUUUCUUCAAACGAAAAAAUGUGUUUAGAUCUGUUAAGAAAUCUUAUAUUCAUGAUUUUUAUUUUGAAUGAUAUAAUAUCUGAUCUUUGCGUAUUACAAUUUUUGUUAAAAUAACAUCUACUUGUGAGAUUGCAUAAAGAUUUUAUCUAUUUAUAUUCCUACAAAAUUUUUUUUUAAUGCUUUAGCUUGCUUGCAAAUUAAUUAUUAAUAUUAUAAAACUAAUAUGGGAGUAAAAUUUAGGAUCUAUUGCUAAGAGAAAAUGCGCAAAGAUUAAGAUACUGUAUGUACAUUUUACGUAAACGAGUACGUCGACUCGCUGCAGAAUUAAUUAUAUAUUAUUAUAAUUGUAUUAAUUAAAUAACUAUAACAAUUGUACAGAUUGAAUAAACACGUUUUAUAAAUUUUUAUAUUAA